CUCUCUCUCUCUCUCUCUCUUCCUCCAUUGUGAAACGGAUUAGAGCUCGAUCUCAUACACAAUCUCAUUGUUGCUUUUGUUAAUUCUCUUCAAGGAUCUUGGAAAAUGGAGGUCCCAGCUGUGGACCAGAACAAUCUGAAGAAGGGAGGAGAGGAUCCUCCUCCAUCUACUGUUACACCCAAUUGGACUAUUGAUGUUUCAGAUGUGAGAACUGUAAAAGUGAGCAAUGUAUCCUUGGUUGCAUCAGAAAUCGAUAUCAGGGAGUUCUUUUCCUUCUCCGGCGAUGUCGAAUACGUCGAAACGCGAAGAAUUGAAUCUGAAAGGUCGCAGAUCGCUUACGUGACUUUCAAGGACUCACAGGGAGCAGAUACAGCUUUGCUUCUUUCGGGAGCGACGAUAGCCGAUCUUUCGAUCUCUAUAACACCCUGCGAGAAUUAUCAGCUACCUCCCGAAGCUUACGCACAAAUAACGCAAAAAGAAGGGAAGCUCUCGGCAACCGCGGAAUCCGCGGUGCGGAAGGCGGAGGAGGUGGUGAGCACGAUGCUGGCGAAGAGCUUCGCCGCCGGCAAGGACGCGCUCCGGCACGCCCGCUCCUUCGACGAGCGCCACCGCCUCCUCUCCAGCGCGUCCGCCACCGCCGCGUCCCUCGACCGCCGCAUGGGCCUGACCGACAAGUUCAGCACGGGCACGGCCGUCGUCGGCAGCAAGGUCAGAGAGGUCGGCGGCCAGCUCGGGGUGUCGGAGAAGGCGCGGUCGGCGAUCGCCGCCGCCGAGCAGACGGCCGCGGCUGUCAUGGGCAGCCGGUACGUGUCGGCGGGGGCGGCGUGGGUGUCCGGCGCGAUCGGGGCGGUGGCGAGGACGGCGGGGGAGGUCGGAUCAAUGACUAGGGAGAAGGUGGAGAAAGCCGAGGUGCAGAGGAGGGAAACAUGAGUUCAAUUUUCUUCCAUCUCCUUAAAUUACGCUUUAAAAAAAUGUAGACGAAGCUAAAUUUCGAUUUAAACUUCAAGGACCAAAUUCA